AUGGGGCGCUGCGCUGUGGGGGGGGCGAGCUUCCUUCCCUCUCCUCUCUUCCAAUCCCUUCCACCCUCCCUCUCAUCGCCUCUUCGCGGUUGGCCUCCCUCGGCGCCUCAGAGGAAGCCGAUCGUCUCGGCUUCCUGGCGUCGAGAGGAGACGCGAGGCACCUUCGGCGGCGAUAGGAGGGUCGUUCUGCUCCUCGUCGGUCUCUCCGCAUUCCCCCUGCUGGAGCUUCGCGCUAUGGCGGCUGCUGCUGCUGCCGUUGAGCGGCUAGAGGAAGGUCGGUUGGCAGCAUUUUUCUGGAAAUAAAUACAAGUGCUGCUGAUCUUCAUAUUCUUUGAAUGCCCCGGUUACUGUAUUAUUGAACUGGACUUUUUCCUCGGACACCUUAGUCCUUCUCAUGCCUGUUUAACUCCAGUUCGACGGGCAGCACCACGAACUGAUGUCUUGACUGAGACCUACCUUCAGGUUCUAUCACAAAAUCCUCGAACAACGAAAUUAAAAUCGCGGUCAAGACGGCUCCAUCAUUAAGUGGAGGGAGAAGUUAGACGCACCUGCACGCAGAUCCCAUCGUUACUCCACUUAUCGAACUUCUACUAGUUCACCAAGAGCAAAAAUUAUUCCCUAUAGUUCAAAUCACAGGUUCUAGGGUAGACUUUCCGGAAUCCAUCGCUGUUUUGACCGCCGAUUUCAUGUGCCGUCGUGUUAGCCAUAGAAUUGCCCCACAUCAACACUCCAAAAAAGCCUUUAAUGUUUUUUUUUGUCGAAGCUUUGAUUGAUGAAUAAGAUUACUUAUUGUUACAGUGAACAGAGAAGAUGACCUCACAAGCGGAAACGUAAGAAAUUAAUCUUAUAAUGACAGUGAAGAGCAUGAUUUUUUUUUUUUACUGUGGUGAAAUAAAUUCGGAGUCUGCUCCUCCUUUUGGAGUACGAAGAAGCCAUUCGUAAGUGCCAUACCUUAUUUUUCUUAUAAAUAGAGAGAAGAGAAUAGUUUUACUUCAUCUCCAUUUGAAUGAGAAAUAUUAUUACCUUUUCUAUUAAUUUCUUUCUGUGAUUUCAGGUGAACAGGCCAUCAAAAGGGAAGAUGACCAAGUUCCUCCGAAGCAAGAUAGCCCUCCACUCGCAGAGAAGAAAGAAACUGAAGUUGUCUGAGACUCUCCCUCCUUUCAGAUUUAAGUUUACGCAGAAACAGGGUCUCUUAUGUUUUCAAAGUCGUGAAUUGAGUUGCCUUUAUGACAGCAAGCCCAUGCAGCAGAAAACCCAUUCGUCCCUCUUCUGAGCAGGAUUGGAAUAAUCGGCCCAGCUGUGCUGGGUGGUUUAUAUGCAUCUUCGCUGAGACAGAAAGCAGAUGUGGAAUCAGAGAUCAAAUAUGUACAUUUCUUACUUUUCUUUUUUCUUUCUUUUGCUCGUCGUCUUCUGAUCGCCCUUCCUGGGGAGUCUUCAACUUCCAAAACCCAAUGAAACAGGUUUCUUCUGGUUUCAUGCUGUGGGAUGCAGAUGAAUAUCGCCCUGGAUGAGAAAGACGCAGAAAGGGUUUCGCUGGAGAAGAAACUGGAGCAUGAACUACAUAAGGAACAGGAAGAACAGAGCGAACGGAUCAGAAAAUUGAGGGGAAAUGAAGCCUUCCUGAGAAAACUACUGGGUUCGGCAAAGAGCAAAGCAUCAGCUUUACAAGACGAGCUUCGGAGAGAGAAAAGAUCAGUCAGGGAACUUAAGCUGCAGCUCGAUCGAGUGUGCAGGGAUGUUGCUCGAGCUGGUGCGGUGAAGAGGUCUCUGGAAUCAAAAAUCCUGGACCAGUCGGAGACAACGGAUCUCCUGCGGAACAGAUCGAGCUUACUGAACCUUGAGAUCAAGGACAAGGGCCAGACCAUAGAUGAGCUCACCUCUUCCAUUGCUCAAAAGCAAUCGGACUCCAACAGCCUGAGACAUCUCAUUGAUCAGCUGAAGAUCGAAACGUUAGAAUCUAAUUCUACACUCUCUGACUUGGAAGCUGAACUCCUUGCAACUGAAGAAGAAUUGGGUGCGAACAGGACUCGCAUGGUUGACUUGGAUGUGAGGAUGAGCUCGUUGCAAGCAGAAAAGGAUGAGAUCGACGUGAAGGUCCAUAUCCUUCGGAAAGAAUUUGACGAUGUGAAGUCGAGCUGCGCCGAAACGUCGGCAUUUUUCUCAGAACUCUUGUCGGAGAAGGAUGGAGAGAUGGAACUCCUCGGAGAUAAACUCCGACUUUCUCUAGCUGAAGAAAAGCGCAGCCAGGCACUGGUCGCUAGCUUAGAGAGAGAAAGGGACGUCAUCAGGGGAAUGCUCGAAGAAGUGACGUACAGUCUGAGAACUCUGAGAGACGAGCUUCAGAUCACUCAAGAAACUUCGACGGGUUCCAAACAGGAGGUCUCUGAUCUGAAGAAGCGAGUACACAACGAACUUGCUGAGGAGAGAUCCGCCUUAAAGGACUUGGCCGAAGAUCUCAUCUCGGUCAAGGAGGUCCUGAAGAGCACGGAAGACGAGCUAAAGGCGGCGUUGGAAUCCAAUGAGGACUUGGAGGAGGAGCUGAAGGGGAUCUACGCGAGGAUCGAGAUCACGGGGCGAAAGCUGAAGGAAGAGAAGGAUGUCGCUGCUGGACUCACCCAAGAACUCGAUGUGUCGAGGAAGCGGGCACAGAAUUUCUCCGAGGCGAAGAAAACCCUCGAAUACGAUCUGCGUGAGUCUGAGAAAACCCUAGAAGAGAUGGUGGAGGAGUUGUCGUCCCUCUCUGCAGAGCUCCAGGAUGCGGCCUCCGAAAACAACGCUCUCGAGUCCGAGAAGGAGAAGCUGCGUCUGACGCUGGUCAGGAAGCAGAGCUUGGCGGAGGCAGCGCAGGAGAACAUCGACGACGCCCAGCGCGCCAUCGAGAUCCUCGGAACGGAGAGGGAGAGUCUGGGGAGGAAGGCGAAGAGGCUCGAGGAGGAGAUUGCUUCAGAAAAGGGGGAGAUCCUCAGGCUGAGGAGGCGGAUUGAGUUGACCAAGGGGAAGAGUGCGGGCAGCAGCAGGAUGGUCAACGACCCUCCUCCCACCUCAGAGAACUCUUCCUCUCUGGAGGAGACUUGA